CCACGCAGCUUCGUGAUUGGUCGAAACAUUAUUAUAGUCAGCUCUGUUUUGUGCUAGCUGGGCUGUGUGGGAUCAUGUGUAGUGAUAGUUCUGAGUAGUGAAACAGCUUUUUCUUUUCUGUUUUUUGAGCUUACAGGAGAAAUAAUGCCACGUUGGUAUCUCGCAGUUGUUCUGUUGUGGGCUGCCACUGCUGCAGAGGGAAGAUCUGUCCCUAACCGUCCAACCUUUGGCAAAAGCUACCAUGUCAAAGGAGUGAUCUCUCUCCCUUAUGCUGAGAUUCAGGAGCCGUUUGAAGCCUGGUUUGAUCUAACAAAGAAUUCCAGCCGAAUAGAUUACUACCAUGGUCAGGUGUCGACGUACCAGCUGGGGGCAGUGAGUGAUUGGGGCGUGUCCUUCAAAAUCAGCCCUGAGACUACAGAGGUGGAGCAGAAUGUGAUGAAGUGCUUCCAGAUCAAUGGAACAAAGAAUGAAACGGUCACGCCACAGGCAGUGCUGCCAGAUGUGCAGGGCUUUAAGUUCUUAAGGAUGGAGUACUAUUCUGGUUACCUGAGUGAGGUUUGGCAGAACGUCACCAUAGUGGGUAAUAAGAAGAACACGUACACAUUGUGGGUGAGUCGAUCAGAGAGCAGUGCAGAUGGCACCGACACGCCUCCCACACCCCUCCAUUAUGAAAUGAUGGGAUACAACACACUGCUGGGCUCCCAUUAUGACAAAUACUUGGUGGACUACAAGGAUUUCAGCACUAAGGUCGACCCCAAAGUCUUCUUUCUGCCUGAAGGGAUGACCUGUGGAGGAUUUCCUGGUCCCGGAGUGGAGCACCACAUGUUGGCCAACCCGAUGAAAGAGCUCAUCCACACGUCCGCUUCAGGCCACUCGCAGCGCGUCUUUAACCACUUUAAGGAGAAGUUCCAGCGCGAAUACAGCGAUGAGCGAGAACACGAGAAGAGAGAACACGCUUUUAUUCAUAAUCUCCGGUACAUUCACUCCAAGAAUCGAGCUGGCUUGUCUUUCUCUCUCUCUCUGAACUCUCUGUCAGAUAUUACCAUGUCAGAACUCGCUGUUAUGAGAGGAAGGAAGCAAAGGAAGACCCCAAACAAUGGGCUUCCCUUCCCACAAAAGAUGUACAAAGGAGUACAAGUACCAGAUUCACUGGACUGGAGGCUUUACGGUGCUGUGACUCCAGUGAAGGACCAAGCCAUCUGUGGGUCCUGCUGGAGCUUUGCCACCACUGGAUCAGUGGAGGGCGCUCUCUUUCUAAAGACAGGCUCCCUGCAGGUUCUCUCUCAGCAGAUGCUAGUGGACUGUUCCUGGGGUUUUGGCAAUAACGGCUGUGAUGGAGGGGAGGAGUGGAGAGCGUACGAGUGGAUCAUCAAGCAUGGAGGCAUCGCCACAACCGAAACCUAUGGCCCCUAUAUGGGAAUGAAUGGAUUUUGCCAUGUGAACUCUUCUGAGCUCACUGCACGCAUCAAGAGCUACACCAACGUCACAUCCGGAGACGCAGACGCUCUUAAGAUGGCUCUCUAUAAAAACGGCCCGGUGGCCGUCAGCAUAGACGCUUCACAUCGGUCCUUUGUUUUCUACAGUCAUGGCGUCUACUAUGAACCCGCCUGUGGUAACACCCCGGAUGAUCUGGACCACGCUGUGCUCGCAGUAGGCUACGGUACCCUGAACAACGAACCGUACUGGUUGAUAAAGAAUUCAUGGUCCACCUACUGGGGCAACGAUGGCUACAUCCUCAUGUCUAUGAAGAAUAACAACUGUGGCGUCACAACUGAUCCCACAUAUGUCACACUAGCUUAGAUGGCUAUGGUUGUUAAAAUCCUGUCAAAGCCACUGUCAAUGACACUCAAUGCUGGAUGAGUUGUCACAUUAGGCAAAACAUGCUUAUAAUUUCAUUACAUUCUUGCUGCUGAGUGAGUUAUAAUGCUGCACCACUAGAACAAAGGCAAAAUCUGCUUUAUUAGAGGUGUUUUCUCAGAUUUAUUGCUGAUGGCACAAAUGCACAGUGCCUUCAUUUUAAAGUAUAUUUUUUUUGUUGCGUUUGAAAAUAUGUGUUGAAACACAAUGGUCUGAAAUCAAUGUAAUAAAAAAUCUGAACUUUU